AUGGGGCUACUGGCGCUCGGUACCCCGUUAACAUGGGAUGAGACGAAACCACUAGCGGAGCAUAUAAGAUAUCACGGGAUCACUCAGUUUCUCAAGACUUGGGAUAGAUGGAAGGACAAUACUGGUAAAGGUUUAUUGUGGGGUGACGAGAUCGAAUAUAUGGUAGCUUCUUUCCACGAUGACGAGAAGAGAGUAUUAUUAAGUCUAAGGCAGACUGAGAUUCUCACAAGACUACAAAGUGUGACUUUAGAUCCAGCUUUGGACAAGUACAAACCCGCUUGUUGCAAUGCCAUACCUACCUUUCAUCCUGAAUAUGGUCGUUAUAUGUUAGAAUCUACUCCCGGAUAUCCCUUCUCCGGUCUCCCAUCUUCCCUCGUAUCCGUAGAAGCAGAUAUGAGAUUUAGGAGGCAGAUCAUACGCUCUCAUUUGAAGAAACAUGAAUUACCCAUAACUUUGACUUCCUGGCCUAGGUUGGGAGUAUCCGACGAAGUUUUCACCGACCCACCUACCAAACCGGACAACCAGAAAAGUAGUAGCAGGAGUGAUUAUGUAGGGGAAUUGAUAACGAAUCCACAUGCGAGGUUUCCAACGUUAACAGCGAACAUCAGACAACGCAGAGGAAGUAAAGUCGAUAUUAGAGUACCCUUGUUCAAAGAUGAGAAUACUGUUAUAUUGGAUGGGUUAAAGGCUAAUAUGUCAAAUGGACAUUCAACCCCAGCGAAACCUGAACCUGGUACACCCUAUAUACACAUGGACGCCAUGGCGUUCGGAAUGGGAUGUUGCUGUCUACAGAUAACUUUCCAAGCUUGGAAUGUGGAUGAGGCUAGAAGGGUUUAUGAUGCACUUGUACCCGUCGCUCCUAUCAUGCUCGCAUUGACUGCUGCCAGUCCAGCUUUCAGGGGACAGCUGGCAGAUGUGGAUGCCCGAUGGAAUGUGAUCGCUGCGAGUGUAGAUGAUCGAACGGAGGAAGAAAGGGGGCUGAAACCAUUGAAAGACAACAAAUAUCGAAUACCCAAAUCCAGAUACGACAGCGUUUCUUUAUACCUCUCAAAUGACGAAAGGAAUAAACCGGAAUAUCAUGAUGUCUCUGCACCAAUCAACGAGGAUGUAAGGAAGAGGUUGUUAGAUCAUGGCUUAGACGAUAAACUCGCCUCUCACAUCGCCCACCUAUUCAUCCGUGAUCCCCUCGUCCAAUUCUCCGAAACGAUAGAUCAAGAUGAUGAAUCUUCCAUGGAUCAUUUCGAGAACAUCCAGUCCACAAAUUGGCAGACAAUAAGGUUCAAGCCUCCUCCCGUGAACUCGCCGAUAGGCUGGAGAGUAGAGUUUAGAUCGAUGGAAGUUCAAUUGACAGAUUUCGAGAAUGCCGCGUUCAGUAUUUUCAUUGUACUGUUGACGAGAGCUAUUAUCAGUUUCGAUCUUAACUUCUAUAUGCCAAUUUCAAAGGUAGACGAAAAUAUGCAACGAGCUCAAACUCGAUCUGCUGCCACUUCCCAAUCUUUUUUCUUCCGCAAACAUGUCUUCCCAAGGGAUAAACCAUUAUCACGUUUCGACCUAACUUCUAGACCGGUCUCUCCGCCCUCACCUUCUACACCUGUUACUCCUAGUCAUUCACGAUCGCAAUCACGCUCACAGCAAUUACCUGAUGGCCAUGAGAACGGGAAUGGACAUCCAUCAUCAUCCUCAAGAAGUGAAUGUACGACGCCGAUAGAAGCAUUUGAAGAUAAUGAUGAUGCACCUGAAAUGACACUGGAUGAAAUCAUCAAUGGGGAUGGUGAUCUUUUCCCUGGAUUGAUGGGAUUGGUUAACGCUUAUCUGAAUUCACUAAAUGUGGACGUAUGUACGAAAUGCGAAUUGAGAAGAUAUCUAGACUUGAUCAAAUACAGAGCUAAAGGUCAAUUGGUCACUCCUGCAUCGUGGAUAAGAAGAUUCAUAACUUCUCAUCCAGCUUAUCAGAACGAUUCAAUCGUUUCUGAUGAAAUUAAUUACGAUUUGGUCAAAGCGAUAGAUGAAGUGGAACGAGGUGUAAGACCAGCACCUGAAUUAUUGGGUAAAGAUUACGUUGGCUCGGGACCUACUGGCUGUUUGUAG